UAAGCGGCGGCUGUAUUUAUUUGCUCUGAGCGUGUUCAUAUAAUGAGUAUUAAUUAUGAAAAAAGUACGACAGAUGAACGACUCGCACCAGUCAAACUGUCAGACGAUGACGAAAGCGAAGACAACAAUAUAAAGACAACAACAGAGCAAUCAACUGCCAAACAGAACAGAUCGGAGAAUGAUGAUGCAGAUGUUGAGGCUGAUCCAGGCGCCGAAGUCGAGGCUGACGCCGAUGCCGAUGGUGAGGCAAUUGGAGCAGCCAACACACACGUUGUGGCACAUCAUUACAAUGAGCUAAAGGAGACCGGACGCAAGGAGCGACACAAGUCGAAAAUUUUGUAUAUGCGCAACUUUAACAACUGGAUCAAGAGUCAGUUAAUUAACGAAUAUAUGGACCUAAUCAAGCAGCAGAAACGGGUGGGCGAUGCUCUGCGUGUGCUGGACAUGUGCUGCGGCAAGGGCGGCGAUCUGCUCAAAUGGGAGAAGGCAUCCAUAUCCCAUCUAAUAUGCACCGACAUCGCUGAGGUGUCUGUGGAGCAAUGUCAGCAACGCUAUCAGGACAUCUUGCACCGAGCAGAAGCUUCGAAAUUCGCACAUAAAUUCACAGCCGAAUUCUUUGCCUGCGACUCGACAAUGGUGCGGCUGAGGGAACGGUAUAAGGAUGCGUCGCUGCAACUGAAUUUGGUCUCAUGCCAGUUUGCCUUUCAUUACUGCUUCGAGUCACUGCAGCAGGCAGAUUGUAUGAUCCGCAAUGCAGCCGAGUGCCUGCAGCCAGGUGGUUAUUUCAUAGCCACCUUUCCGGAUGCCUACGAGAUUAUGAAGAGAUUAAGGGAAGCUGGACCAGAUGCUCGGGGCUUUGGCAACGAUGUCUACAGUAUUGAGUUCGAGUGCAAUACGAAAGUAUUGCCGCUCUUCGGUGCCAAAUAUCGAUUCCAUCUGGAGGGUGUUGUUGAUUGCCCGGAGUUCUUGGUACAUUUCCCCACGCUCGUUAAGCUGGCUCGACGUCACGGCUUGCAGCUGGUUAGGCGCAGCAGUUUCGCUGAAUACUUCAAGGAGAACAUGCCUCAGGGACGACAGCUGCUACAGCGCAUGUCUGGCCUGGAAUCGAUUCAACCGUAUCGCUGCGACACCAAAGAUCAGUUCGAGCAUGUGCUUCGCAUAUUAGGGACUCAGCGAGCUCGAUCCGUGGGCACACUCUCCAAGGCCGAGUGGGAAGCAACAACGCUUUAUCUGGUCUGUGCGUUCAAGAAGUGCAAGAACAGCUGGGAUGCCAAUGGCAAGCCCGUGUUCAAGUUUGAUGACUGAAUUAUGCUCCCAUAAGACAUUAUAUAUCUCUAAUAGCAUCAAUGUUCGUCGAAGCUUUGAUUUU